CUGACAUUGCCUUCGAGACUGUUCAACCACGAUGACACUAUUUGUGAUAAUUCCCAUUACCAUACUGCUUCUGUGUUCCAAUGGAACUUUUGCUGUUGAUUGGAAAAGUCCUUUGAAAACCAAAACAUCAGAGUACGGCACAGUUCAAAGAUAUUGCGAGUAUCCUAUGACGUCAGAGAGUGUGACCGUACAUUUGAAGAUACUGCCGGGCUCGAGUUUCAAUACGUUAGAUUGUUUUCAAUGUGAGUGUACGACAGAUGGACUUCAUUGCCAAGGGGUUGGUGUGAACGGUUGGAGUCUUAGUGGCCCCCCGGAGUGUACGGUGGUGGCGGACGGAUGUAAUCCAAUAUUUGUACUCCGCACCAAUAACAAAAUCGACUGCUUUACUCGUCGUCAAGUGGGACAGCUUCCAAACGGCGAACGCUGGCUACACUGUCCUGGGACAUCGUGGGGCUGGGCUUCCGCAGACGGACCACAGGGAUAGGUUAGCAUUGGAUCGAAAACCUUACGAUAGGAAACAGGAUUCCAUGCCGAGGACUAGUUCAACCCCACCCUUAGUAACGGCCAAGUCCGCGUCAUACCGGGCAGAUGCAAAUAUGUUUCGAUUGGCACCAAUCAGAUCUGGCGACGUACCCGUCAUUAAGGAUUCCUCUCAAUCUAAUUCGUUCCUGGCUAGCAGGCUCACCCGAAAAUGGCCUGUCAAUAUGUCUACUGCAUAUCGGCAAACUCAAAUUUCAUCAUACCCUUCUAAAUUCAAAACGGGAGACAGAAAGAUGUCGAAAUCAGAAACCAUGGUUACUGGACAAAGCGAUGGCAUUUCGGAACAAACUGAUCCGAUUGCUGCAAUGAUUGCCGGGAAAUCAGCAAAUUACGUGAUAGAUAAAUCUAUCGGACUGAUGCCAACCAGACAGUUACUUCUGCCUCGUUCCAGUCCCCUGAUCAUGGCACGUGACACACUCAUUCCUAAUUCAGGUUUCCGGAGAUCAUUGAAGAAAAUGGUGUUAUAGCGUAUUGGAAAAAAGUGAUACGGAUCUUGAAAUGUCGACGUGCCGUUUACCUUUUAAUGGAAGAUGAUUUUGCUUCAUUACUAAAAAAUGGCCAGUGACGUCAUUUCUCAUAGGAAAUAGUUAUUUGGUAGCUAUUUGUGGUAAUAAAAGGCACACAGCCAUCGGCAGGCCGCUAUAUACCGUAACUAUGUCAGCGCACCAUGGCUAUACCAACACUACCAAGUGGUACCGAUAUACCAUAGCUAUGUGUCAACGCUACGUCGCCAUGCCAACGUACAGAUAAACGGUAAUACCUCGUAUACACUGUACUUAAUGUAGCUGAGUCAAUUUAACGUAGCUCAAUAUCAGCUAAUCGUAGCUUCGUUUAGCUACAUGGUUACCAUCAUUAGCGUAGCUGUAUCAUCCUAGCGUAGCUUUAUCAUCCCAGCGUAGCUAUAUCAUCCUAGCGUAGCUAUAUCAUCCUAGCGUAGCUGUAUCAUCCUAGCGUAGGUAUAUCAUCCUAGCGUAGCUGUAUCAUCCUAGCGUAGGUAUAUCAUCCUAGCGUAGCUAUAUCAUCCUAGCGUAGCUGUAUCAUCCUAGCGUAGCUACAUCAUCCUAGCGUAGCUGUAUCAUCCUAGCGUAGCUAUAUCAUCCUAGCGUAGCUACAUCAUCCUAGCGUAGCUGUAUCAUCCUAGCGUAGCUGUAUCAUCCUAGCGUAGCUGUAUCAUCCUAGCGUAGCUGUAUCAUCCUAGCGUAGCUACAUCAUCCUAGCGUAGCUGUAUCAUCCUAGCGUAGCUGUAUCAUCCUAGCGUAGCUGUAUCAUCCUAGCGUAGCUGUAUCAUCCUAGCGUAGCUACAUCAUCCUAGCGUAGCUGUAUCAUCCUAGCGUAGCUGUAUCAUCCUAGCGUAGCUGUAUCAUCCUAGCGUAGCUUUAUCAUCCUAGCGUAGCUACACUAUCCCAGCGUAGCUAUAUAAUCCUACCGUAGGUAUAUCAUCCUAGCGUAGCUAUGACAUGGGAACCACUAUUCUCGUUCAGUCGUUUCAAUUUUUGAAUCUGUAAAAACUUAAUAAAAUCCAGCAUUACACUAUAUACAUUAUUGAAACUUACAGUACCCCCGAGCAUUACACUAUAUACAUUAUUGAAACUUACAGUAUCCCCAACAUUACACUGUAUACAUUAUUGUAACUUACAGUAUCCCCAACAUUACACUAUAUACAUUGUUGUAACUUACAGUACCCCCAACAUUACACUAUAUACAUUAUUGAAACUUACAGUACCCCCGAGCAUUACACUAUAUACAUUAUUGAAACUUACAGUAUCCCCAACAUUACACUGUAUACAUUAUUGUAACUUACAGUAUCCCCCAACAUUACACUGUAUACAUUAUUGUAACUUACAGUAUCCCCAACAUUACACUAUAUACAUUGUUGUAACUUACAGUAUCCCCAACAUUACACUAUAUACAUUGUUGUAACUUACAGUAUCCCCAACAUUACACUAUAUACAUUGUUGUAACUUACAGUACCCCCAACAUUACAUUGUAUACAUUAUUGUAACUUACAGUACCCCAAACAUUACACUA